AUUGUCUGCAAUUUAUUCAUUCAAGACUUGAUUCAGGCUAAAGCUCAGCUCGUCCCUCCCCAUAUUACAUGGUGGGCACAAGGCGAAAAAGCAAGGCCGCUGCUGCCGCAGCCGUUCACCACGACCACGACGGCGCAUCAACACAAGGAACAGACGAGUUCAGCCAUCCGCAACCAUUCAGCGUCCCACUACCUAUCGACAUCGAUGUGGAAGAACUUUCAAGCUUGAUACCAGAAGUCUCAUUUGCUACCCCAACCCCUGAGACAAUAGUAUCUGUGUACAGAUUACUACUCGCACAAGUCACCGAAACCAAUGCCACUCAGAGAGACCUAGAGGAGGCGAGAGCAGAGGUUGAACGGAGGGAAAUAGAAUUGGACCAGGCAUAUCAAGAUGCGGAGAACAAGACCAAAAGUCUUGAAUCUUCUCUUGAAAAUGUUCAGAAUCAGCUCACAGUCACGAGGCAAGAAAAGGAGCAGCUCGCUGUAUCGAAGAGCAGCUUAGAAGCACAGAUAUCAAAUUUUAGCACCUCGCAGUCCUCUUCGUCGACGGAGCUUGAUCAAUUGAAACAUCGUGUCGAAGACGCUGAACGCGAAAAACGUGACCUUAUGGGUGUGGUCAAUAGGUUGAAGGAAGAUGCAACGCAGCGCGACGAUGAGAUACAAAAUUUGCGCAACAGCCUUCGACAAGCACGUCAAGAACACCAAACCCAGGAGGCCCAAGUGCGCGAACUCAGCUCAUCAGAAACGUCCAACAAGUUCAAGAUCGACUCUCUAACGCAGCAACUCGAACUUUCACAGUCCGAAGUCGAGCGUGUCACCUCCGAGUUGUCCUCCAAAAUCGAAGAACACGCUAAAUACCGACGCACGAAACAUGCCGAGUCCGCGACUCUUCAAGCCGCACAUGACUCACUCACUCAACAACACUCAGCAUCGGAGAGCGCAUUCAAAGCUCUCCAGAGCGCGCACUCAUCUCAAACACACCAACUCACGCAGGCUCUUGCACGCGUACAGGAUUUGACUGGACAGCUUGCGGAACAGGAAGCAGCGUUCACCAGUGAAGCAUCCGGACUGCGACGACUAGUAAACAUUAUGGAAGAGCGCGAGAAGCAGGCAAAGGAGAUCGUCGAAGGCAUUGAACGCGAAUGGGCAGGUGUCGGUGAACGCGCUGAGCGUCGCGAGGCUGCCCUGCAUGCUGAAGUCGAGAGGGAGAAGCGGGCCCGAGAGGAAGCGGAACGAAAGGUCGACCAACUUGAGACUGUCCUUGAACGUAUGAACCGUGGUGAAUUGCCUGUCGCCACCCGCGGAACUCCUGUCCCAGGAACCCCAUCCACGCCCGCUCGUAAUCUUGCCCAAGGGGCCGGAAUGGAAGGUAUGCUCGGUUUGAGCCCGACGGUCGCAAUGGUCAGCAGGGCGCAGAAGACUGGCAAGACUUUCACCGAGGUCUAUGCCGACUACGUACGCUUGCAGGAUGAACUAGCAAAGAAGUCAGCCGAGUAUGAUCACAUGGACAGAACGCUUUCUGCAGUGUUGGCUCAGAUCGAGGAACGGGCACCCAUUCUAUCACAACAACGGGAAGAGUACGACCGCCUACAAUCUGAAGCCGCACAACUUGCCUCACAACUCUCGACCGCGCUCGCCGAACGAGAAGCUAACUCAAACGCAUUCCAAGAAGCUUCGCAGAAGUUGAAGAAAUCGCACUCAGAGAAUGAGCUUCUGCAACGACAGCUCGAUGACCUGGGCCGGCAAGUUCAAACUUUGCUCAAGGAACUCGGGAGACGCACAGACCCGUCUUUGCCCACGGAUGUGGAAAUGGAAGAAAUGGACCCCCUACCAGCUGAAAACAUCGACGCGGUCAUCACCAACAACCUCGUGUUGUUCCGCAGCAUCGGUGGGCUGCAAGAGCAGAACCAGAAGCUACUCAAGAUCGUUCGUGAACUUGGCGCGAAAAUGGAGGCAGAGGAGCGUGAGUACCGUGAAGCACUUGAGCAAGAGCAGAGUGAAGCUGUGAGAGAGGCGCACGAGGCAAUUCAGGAUUUGGCCGCACAGCUCGAGAGACAGAAGAAGAGCAGCGAUAUGACUAUUCAGGCGUACAUGAAGGAGCGGGAUGCGUUGAAAGCAAUGCUUGCGCGGGCUGAGCGCUCGGGACUCCAUCCGGGUGUCAACGGCGACAUUAACGGCAUUUCUGGUCCCAUCAAAGACAAUCUAGCUGCAGAACUUGAAGACGUGCAAGCUCAAUUUGAGGCCUAUAAAGCUGAGAUGGGAAUGGACUCUGUGAAGCUUCGAGAGGAGUUACAGCAAGCGCAUCGCGACCUCGGGCAGGUCAAUGUUGCGCUUGCGAAGGCGAAUGCAAAGAUUGAAAAUCUCGCUGACCGUCAUCGUAUGAGCCAGGACGAAACAGCGCUACAUACCCGCGAUAUCGACAACUUGACGAAGCGCAAUCAGCAACUCUACGACCAGUAUAUCCGGAUUGAUGUCGAGUGUAAUCGGGCCCAGCACGAAUUGUCGGAGGCCAAUAGCCGUGUCGAGCAGUUGCGGAAUGACAAUGCUAACCUGCGUGCGGAGAAGAAGAUAUGGGAGUCUGUCCAAGUCCGCCUGGUACAGGAGAACAAGACCCUUUCCGUGGAGCGGUCUCACCUGGCUGAUCUUAUGGCCAAUGUGCAGAGGAUGCACGGCGAUCUUGAACGUUCGGGAGAAAAUGACCGCCGGCGUCUGGAGAACCAAAUCCAGACGAUGGAUGACCAGACGAAAGACAUGAAGGCUCAGCUCUUGCAGGAGCGCGAUGCAGUCCGCCACGUUACACUUCAGAAGGAUAUCGACUUAAAGGACCUGCAAACCCGCCUGGACAAGACGACCGAACAACUAUCUCAAGCCCGGGAGUCUCUCGUCGGUGCAGAAACCAGCAAAGUCCACCUUCAAGAGCGUGUCGACCAACUUACACGCCAACUACAAGGUAACGAGGAGAAACUUGCCGUGUACGAACGUCGGCCAUCGGUUGCCAAUGGUGUUGCUCCUACUGCGCAAGACCUUCCACGUGAACAACAACUCGAGCAAGAAGUCGCGGAAUUGCGGUCUGCUUUGAAGGUCGCUCAAGUCGAUCUUGCAGCUGCCCGUAGCCACAUGCAACAAUUCCAAGAGAUCUCUCAAGCCAACGAAACUGCUCUGUCCGCGCUAAAUGCUACGCACGACGAAUACAAGACUGAGACUGAGGCGCAAAUUUCGAAGAACGAGCUCGAGUACAAGGCCCUUCAAGAUAAACUGCGCAGUGUGGAGGAUGAUUUGCGACAGUCUGCCGGCAAGUUCUCUGAACUUCAACGCACGUUUGAGUCGGAGCGUCUGGUUUGGACUAAUGACAAGAAGACUUUGGAGGAUACCAUCGUUGACCUGAGCACCUCUGAGAAGACUUCUGAGACUGAUCGUACAUCUCGCGAGAAUGAAGUUCGCCAGCAGGAGGAAAGGGCGCUUGCCGCAGAAGAUAGAUACUCGCGCGAAGUCAUCGUCCAUGCGGAGUCGAUCAAGACCAUCGAGACCCUCAAACAACAGCUUUCCGUCUCUCAAGCUACCUCCAGGGAGAACCUGUCAGAAGCUGCCAAUGCCCAAGCUAAGCUGGCAGCGUCUGAGGGCAGCUGGAGACAGCAAAAGGAAGCUUUGGACAAGGAGAUUGCUGAUCUUAACGCACGCUCCAAGGAUCUGUCCGCACAGAAUGCUCUUCUUCAUCAACAUCUCGAGACUGUUAGUACCCAAGCUACGCGCAUACGUCAGGCUGUAGACUCUUCUGCUACCGAUGGCACUGCUGGUGAUGCGGAUGUUGGCGGCGAUGUGGAUACUAAGGUUUCAGAGCUCAGAUCUGUGGUGGCUUACCUGCGCAAGGAGAAAGAGAUAGUUGAUCUCCAGCUGGAGCUCAGUAAACAGGAGAAUGUCCGAUUGAAGGCUCAGAUCGAGCACCUGACUCAGAGUUUGCAAGAGACCAGAGCAACCCUUGCUGAGGAGAGAGAACGGGCGAUGGAAGCGGCGACUUCGGAUGCUCAGCACGCUGAGAUGUUGGAGAGGAUCAACCAGUUCAACAUUCUUCGAGAAAGCAACGCCACCCUCCGCACUGACUGCGAGACUUAUGCUAAGCGCUCCCGCGAACUCGACGCUAAACUGCGGGCAUUGUCUGCAGAGCUUGAACCCGCCAAGGAACAGGCUCGUGUCGCACAAGCAGAGCUGCAAGCCCGAGAUGCACAGAUCACCCGUCUUGAGGGAGAGACCCGCCGUUGGCAAGAACGUAACGCGCAGUUGCUGAGCAAAUAUGAUCGUACCGACCCUGCUGAGAUCCAAGGAUUGAAAGACGAAAUCGAAACGCUGAAAACGCAGAAGGCCGACGCGGAGAAAUUGGCUGCGGAACAUGAAGAGAAAGCAAACACUAUUCAAGCCCGGCUCUCACGUCUCGAGGCUAACUUCAGAAUUCACAAAGACAGCAAUACGAAGAGUGUAGACAAGUUCAAAUCUAGUCUUGGGUUGCUUAACAGCGAGAAGUCUCAGCUCAAUGCCACCGUCAGUGAGCUCGAGGGCAAAAUAAAAACCCUGACUGCCGAACGAGACGCAUUGCGCACCACUUCGGCACCUGAUGCGUCGCAGCAGUUGAAUUCCCAGCUGGAGAGGUUACGGCAGGAGAAGGCAACUUUGGAGCAAGCGUUGGCCAAAGAAAGGGCUGCGAAGGCCCAAGCGCCGGUCGAAGGUUCAUCAGAUCAAGUUGUGCUCAUUGCUUCCCUCAGGGAGGAACGAGAUAGGAUUUUGGCAGAAAAGGAGGCUCUGAUCAAAGCUUCUUCUGCUCCACCUUCUGACACUGUGCGCUCCUGGGAAUCAGAAAAGCUUGAGCUUGUAAAGGCACGAGAUGAGGCGUUGACGCGUGCUAAUACCGCAGACGAGCUGGCGAAAAAGAUCUCCGAUGACGUCAGGAACCUUCGUCAAUCGAAUGACAAAUUCCAGGCUAGAAUACAAGAAAUGCAGAAAGCCAGGGACAGGUUGAACACGGAACAAGCUGCCACUGUCGCCGCUGCUAUCGAGAAGGCCAAGAGUGAAACUGCAGGCGGUGCUUCUGUAAACACUGAGGAACUAUCGAAAAAGCAUGCCCAAGAACUGGAAGCUCUCCGAGCUCAGCUGACUGCCCAGCACGAGGCGGCCCUCAAGGCAGCAGUAGACGCUGCCACUAAGGCUGUCAAAGCGGAGCCUGCUACUUCUUCCGAUGAGUCAACGCAAGCCACUAUUGCAGCUGCUAUCGCUGCUCAUGACGCAGAGCUCCAAGCUCAACGUAGCGCGGAAUUGGAUGCGGCGGUCGAGCGGGGUAGGAUGGAAUCACAGGCGAAGAGUAAGAUCAAAGAUGGUCAGCUUGUUCGAUCUCAGGCCAGGCUGAAGGACCUGGAGGCGCAGGUGUUGGAGUGGCGAAAGUCUGGUUUGAUCCCUGAGGCCCCACCACCGCAAACGCCCACAGCGUCGACCUCCAAGGCACCACCACCCCCAGCCUCUGCUGCAUCUUCUACUUCACAACCAGCCACGGCUUCUACACAGUCAACAACUGCGGCAAGUGCAAUACCUGUGAAGCCUGCCGCCGCCGCCGCCGCCUCAAUAGGUCAACCUGCAGCUGCCAGUGGAGAAAAGCAACCCACCAGUGGUGCGGUGCCACUCGGUGUCCCUAGAGGUGGCCGAGGCAGAGUUGUACCGCGCGGCGCUGGGAGAGGCCUCAGUAUCCGAGGCCGGGGCGGCCCUCCACCCUCUGCUGCUGCAACUACCUCCGGUACCACAGGAAUGUCUAUCAUUGGUGCUAGCAAACGUAGUCGAGAAGAAGAUCUGGCCUCGGACGAUUCUCUGGCGAAGCGGCCGAAGCCUGCAGCGGAGACCACCACCGCACCAAAACCCCCUGUUAUUCUCCGUCGCCCGCCUCCAUCAUAACUGGACUCGCAGUACAUACCUUUACCCCAUCAUGGCUCCACAUAUUGUAUCAAUAUUUCACUCGUCGA